AUGAGCAGUGAAAACAUUGAUGGAGGAAUGAGAAGAGAAAAUCGAGUUAAUGAAGAGAAGAAGAAAGAGAGUGAAGAAGGGGUAGAAGAGAGGGAGAAGAAGAAUAAGGAAGAGAGAAGAGAUAAAGAGAGUGAAGAUAAAGAGAGUAAAGAUAAAGAGAGCAAAGAGAGUAAAGAUAAAGAGAGUGAAGACAGUAAAGAUAAUGAGAGCAAAGAUAGUAAGGAUAAAACCUUAGUGCCAAAACUCCCCCUGGAGGAUAACUACGUCCUCCCCCAAGGCCUGUCGGACUUAGCAGUGCGGAUCCUCACGGAAAUACACAAGGGCACGUACACGUGCAUGAUUUGCACCGGGGACAUCGACAGCGAGUCGCGGGUGUGGUCGUGCCCGGUGUGCUCGCGGGUGUUUGACCUGGAAUGCAUCCGGGACUGGGCCAUGCGGGGCUCAUCCACGGCGGAGGACCGGUCGUGGCGUUGCCCGGCGUGCAACGAGAGGAUUCACCGGCUGCCGAAGCGAUACACGUGCUGGUGUGGGAAGGUGGUUGACCCAGUGGAGAACGGGCCGAUGCCACACUCGUGUGGGCAGACGUGCGGGGCAGCUUUGGCCCGGUGCGUGCAUGGGUGCCCGCUGGAGUGCCACCCGGGGCCCCACGCGGAGAGGUGCACGGCGAUGGGCCCGGUGAUGCGGUGCCACUGUGGGCGGGAGACCCGGCAGGUGCCGUGCAGCCUGACGCCAUACGGCCGGGGGUGGAGCUGCGGGGCCGUGUGCGGUGACCUGAUGCCCUGUGGCGUGCACCGGUGCCCGCGGACAUGCCACGCGGGGCUAUGUGGGCCCUGCCGGGUGCCCGUGGUGGUCUCGUGCUAUUGCGGCCGCGAGACCCGGACUGUGGCGUGCUGUGACGUGGUGGCGGCGUACGGUGGGGUGAGGGAAGAUGCAAUAGGUGCUAUUACUGAUACUAAUGUGGAUGGUACUUCUAAACCCAAGAGUAUUAGUAAUCCUGGUACUAGUGCUGAUACUGCUAGAAGUAUUAAUACCACUAAUACCACUAGUACUAAUAUCACUAAUUCUGAUACUGCAAGUGCUAGUAAGACGACUAGUACCGCUAGUACUGAUACUAGUACUAAUACUACUAGUAGUACCUCUACUAAAGCUAUUAGUACCACCCCUACUGAUACUACUAGUACUGCUACUACUAGCACUAAUACUACCACCGGCACUAUACACACCACUGGUAGUAAUACUGAUAGUAAUAGUACUAAUACCACUAGUACUAAUAAUGAUACUUCUACCACUAGUACUAUUCCUACUAAUACUACUAGUACUAAUAAUACUAGCUCUACCUCUACUACCCCUCCCAUCGCCGGAUUCUCGUGCAACCAGACCUGCAACGCCCUGCUCUCGUGCAAGGUGCACCGGUGUACGCGGGAUUGCCACCCGUGGGAGGGCCCCGGUGGCCACGAGUGCCCGCGGAGCCCCCGGGCGGUGACAAGGUGUCCGUGUGGCAAGAAGACGCUGGAGGAGCUAGGGUCCCGGCCGCGGACCCGGUGCACGGACCCGGUGGCCACGUGCGGCGGCGUGUGUGGCCGGCUGCUGGCGUGCGGCGUGCACCGGUGCUACUGGCGGUGCCACGAGGGCCCGUGUGCCCCGUGCUACGGGGUGGUGGACCUGGCGUGCCGGUGUGGCCGGGAGGAGUACGCGGUGGCGUGCCGGCUGGCCCAGACGGGGUACCGCCCGGUGUGCCACCACCGGUGCAUGGCCCGGCUCAGCUGCCGCCGCCACGUGUGUGGUGCCCGGUGCUGCCCCUUCGAGCAGGCGGCCCUCCGGCGUGAGCGGCAGCGGGCCCGCGAUAUCCGCCACGGGGCCCUCAGCCCGGCCUCCCCGGUAGAUUUGGGGGCCAUCGAGCCGGCCCACGUGUGCACCCGGGAGUGUGGCCGGACCCUGGCCUGCGGCCUGCACACGUGCCACGCCCGGUGCCACGCGGGGCCCUGCCCGGUGUGCCUGGAGUCGUCCAGCGUGGACCUAGUGUGUGCAUGCGGCCGCACCGUGGUGCCUGCCCCGGUACGCUGCGGCAAAAAGCUCCCCGUCUCCCGUGUGGCCACCGGGCUCCACCCCACCACUGCCACCCGGACAACGUCGCCUGUCCGCCAUGCACCGCCCUCGUUACACGGCCCUGCCCCUGCCACCGCCACAUCCCGGUACCCCGUGUGCUCUGCUCCCAGAAGACGGUCUCCUGUGGCCGGCCCUGUGGCCUGCUACUCCCCUGUGGCGUCCACCACUGCCGCCGCGUGUGCCACCCACCGGGCCACUGCGAGUCCUCCGCGGCCACCUGCUCCCAGCAAUGCGGUAGAACGCUCCCCUGUGGCCACGCCUGCCACCGCAAGUGCCACGGGGGCUCGCCCUGCGACCCGGACCGCUUCCCCUGCCGUGUCCCUGUGCUCUCCCACUGCCCCUGCGGCCGGAGGUCCGCCAACCUGCCCUGCCACGCCAUCUCCAGCGUGCGUCCGCGAGAAGCGUAACAAGUUGAUGUAUGCGGCUUUGGGACUAGGCGAGCCAACCUCUGCCUCUUCUUCAUCUUCACCUUCAUCUCCCUCCCCACUCCUCCUCUCCAAACACUCCCUCGCAACUUCAACAUACUCCGACUUCGUCCUCCAGCUCUACGCCAAACAACCCGUCUGGUGCUCCAGCAUCCAGAAAAUCUUCACCGACCUCAUCUCACGCCUCUCCACGUCCAAGGGGCCCUCCUCCUACCACUUCCGCCCCAUGAAGACCCUCCAAAGACGCUUCAUCCACGAGCUUGCCCAGUCCUAUGGCGUGUUUUCCGAGUCCCAGGACCCGGAACCCAAACGGUCCGUCUUCCUCAAUGCCACAGCCUCCUCCCACAGGCCUCGCAUCUCCCUCAGCGACGCCCUCGCCGUGUCUCGCCGCGUGGAUGCCAUCGAGCACCACCGGGCCGCCCUCCGCCAGAAAACGUACACUCUGCAGGCGGCAGCUUCCAGCGACGCGUCGAUCGACGCGCCUGCCCCAGCCAACGCCAUCGCCAUCUCCGACGUGUUCUUCGGCGUUUCCAGGGACCGCAUCCACGCCGCCUUGUGCGACCUGUGGUCUGGCCCCCGUUCCGACGCCGUCGCGGCCCUCGGCGACCCGCAGAUCAAGUGGAUCAAGGAUGGUCUCUUUGCAUUCUACGGGUCCAACUACCGCGAGAGAAGCCCUAUGGCCCAGGUAGAACUCCAGAGCCUGUGCGACGAGUUCCGCGGUCGUCUCACCAAGGGCAACUUGGCCAUGAGCUGCUGUCUCGCGAGUAUAGAUGACGAGGCGAGCGUGGUUUAUGGGGAGAGGAGACAGAAGAAGGCCCCGGCCAAGGCAGGCGCGUCGAUCGACGCGUCGGACUUCGACUGGUACUGA